GUGAAAAACGGGAUAAACGAGGUUUGAAUUUUGCAAAACCUGCCGAAGACGAACGCAUGCGAGAGAGGCUUCGGGGCUGGGCAGUAGUUUAGUGAUUACAAUUUAAAACCAACAGUAUUAUUAUGAUUUAAACAAUACAAAGGCGCCUUGACGAUAGAACUAAUUACGCGUGCUGAAAUAGUUUUAAAUAAGCCGCUACGUACUGCCUGUAUUCAGGACUUUAUAAACAGGAUAUAUUUAAAUCAGUCAUUAAAUCGACUAAACGCGUUCCAUGCAGCGCAAGUUGAAUGUAAUUAUUUAGUUUAUAACGCCAGUGGUUCUUGGCUGAAGUGUUUUGUUUUUUUCAAUCGGAUUGUGAAAGCAUAUUAUUUUUUGUCUGAAAAUGUUUCACUAAUCGUCGGCUGUGUUAAAAUAGCUUGGUUUCUGACAACUAAAUACAGUACUGUACAGAAUAUUUCAUUUUGGUUCUCUAUAGACUUGAACCCUGAAUAUAUUCGUUACUUAGGCCGGCAAGAUACCGCGCACAUUCACAUAAACAUCUGAAGCUUUGAAAUGGCGACUCAAAAGGUCAAUCUGUCCAGUCAAGUCCUGGUUUUGAGACGCCGUUCUCUCCCUCUACUCAGACAGAAGUCCCUCCCAAACCCAGAGGCGGCAGCAGCCCCCCCAAAACUGGUGAGCCAGCCCCCACUGGUGAAAGAAGGAGGGACCCUGAGACGGCAGCCCCUGAAAGACCGGAAUAACGUCCAGAUCGGAGGUCUUGAAAAGCACUGUUUAGAGAGGAUUGCUUCAGCAGGUGCCCCGGAGGGGAAGCUACUGAGACGGCAAGCUGUUAACAGCAGGAGGUUCAGCCUGGGGGAUGGGGAUUUGAGACGGACACCGAAGCACAGCGGGGUGGAGGCAGUGGGGAUGGCUGUUGAGAGCUCUCUGAACGGCCCGCCUGCCUGCGGGGAGAAGGGUCUGGAAAGAGACGGAAGAAGCUUUCUCCUGAUGGAGGGAGGGGUGGGGUGGAGUCCAGGAUGCCCUGCUUCUGGAGGAACGGGGAGCGCUGACAAUUGCACCUUUGAGAAAGCGGAUUGCGACUCAGCAGAAAUGCUGCUGGGUUUGGAGAAGGAGGCUCCCGGCAGCCCCUCUGUUGAGACGCUCCAGGGUACUGUGGUGCUGAGCGGCUACGAGGAGGAGGCAGAAACAAGCCAAGACCCUCCAAGCGCUGCCCGGGUUCAAUGCGAUGACAUUGUUGAGCAAGUCCUUGAACUAGAAGGGGGCGGGACAGAACCCGAGCUGGACCCCUCACCUAUACUCCAGGGGAACGAGCUGGACCCCCCACCUAUACUCCAGCUGAAUGAGCAGUUAGCCAGUUGCCGAUAUUUUAGCACCCCAGUAGCGGCUGAACUGUCAAAGAAGAGAUAUCUGAGCCCCGUCCUGGAGGAGUGUUGCUCUCUAGAUCACAGGGGAAGGUCUCCACACAUGGUCCCCUCCCCCAGCAAGCACCCUUUGCAAGCCACUUCAAUAAAGAAAGAGAAGGAGGAGGCGUCAGUGAAAACCCCUGCCCUGUUUUGUAGCUUUUUUGCAGAGGAGUGUGUCACCGUCGUCAACCAGAUUCUUAGCAAUCCUUCAACCCCAGGAACCCCCUGGAAAUGUGCUCAGCCAACCAGGGAUGGAAGCAAUGUGGACGUUUCUACCAUUGAGGCAGAGCCCCUUCCUUGUGACUGGACCCCCAUGAAGUCUUUCAUAGAGCAGUCUUGCGUCAAUCCCGAGACCUCUGACAUGUGGGGGGUGAGCCUCCUGGACUUGGAGAACCUUAACCUGCAGCUGGUGGAGCUGAAAGAAACCAUGGAGGAGGGAGGAGGAGGGCGACGGGAGGAGGAGGACGAGAGCAAGGCUGCUGGAUCCUCGCUGCGUGACUUGGUGUCGGCCGAGUCCUGCGCCCUUGCGCUGCUGGAACGGGUGAGAGUGCUGAGAAGUCGCUUUCUGUCCUCGCAAGGAAAGAAUUGCAGGGAGCCACCUGAGAAAAAGGAGUGCGGGAAUGCCACAGUGCUGCUGGAAACUGUGGAGGAAGCAGAGGAGUCGUCAGGCAGCGGCUCCUACAGAGCGUCCGACGCGGCUCCGGAAAGUCUGGAAAAAAAAGAGGAGGGCACGUCUCCCGGCGUUGGGGGCAAUGCCACCAUCGAUCUGCCCAACACCGUGGUGGACCUGAAUGCCACCAUUGAUCUUCCCAACACCAUGGUGGACCUGAAGAAUGCCACCAUGGAAUUGCCAAAUGCCACCAUGGACCUGAAGAAUGCAGCAGGAAUGGAAGUGGAGCCAGCAAAGGGGGAGGCUGACCACAACCAGACCUGGGAACUGAAGCGUGGAGCUGCAGGGGGAGUGCCUGAAGGAGAGAGGGGAGCCGCUGACCAGGUGGCAGGCAGGGGGCCUCCCAGCGAGAGCACUUUCAGCCGCAGUGUCUUGACCAGCCCUGUGGUUUCCCAGCAGGGCCAGGAUUGCUUCCUGCCGUGGCCUGCAGACGGCAGCCCAGAUAUCAAGUCCUCCUGCCUGGUCACCUCGACCCCACUUGCCGGGCCCAAAUUCCAGCAGGGCAAAGCAAUGAAGUGCCUCUCCUUCAACAGGGAUUCUAGUGCCCUGUUCAGCAUUUCGAGUGGGGAGGGCAGCAGCACUCAAGUAUCUGCCAGCAGCAGCAGCAGCAGCAGCAGCAAUAAGCCACUCCAAUCGAACGCUCAGCCCAGCACCCUGCCAACUCGAGCCAGCCAGAGCAUCCGUCCCCCCAAUAUUCUGGGGCAGCAAAAGACUCUCCUGCCCCCGUCGGCGACAGGGCUGCCCACUUUGCCUAGAAAGUCGCUGGUGCCCCCAUCGCUCCGCUCCACACGCCCCAAGACCCUGGUGCCUCCGGGGGCGGUGCAUUCACAACGCCCCUCUCUGGGGAUCCCCCACUUUGGCCUCCCUUCCGGACCAGCCCGCCCCAGCCCCGGGGUCAAGAUGCAGAGACCCCCCAGGCCAGCAUCUGUGAAGAAGCCUGAAAGAGGAGGAGGGAAGAGCUCCAGCACAGCAGAGACUUCUGCCUUCACUCCAGCGUGCAACUCUACAAAGCCAGCUUCGAGUGGCCUCAAGCCUCCUGCAGCUGCCGGUACCAAGGCGCUGGGCUCCAGCCUUCCCAAGCCAGCCGUCUCAGGGACGAGGCCCCCCCACAUGUCUCUGCAGGGGCCCAAGGUGUCUGCUGACCUGAAAGGGAGGGAAGUCCGAAAGCCAGGCUCAGCCAGCCCCAGAGGUCUAGCUACAAACAUUGCAGGUUCAGCCAUUCCAGGCCCCAGUGGGAUUACCCAGAAGCCCUCGGGGCCUGCAGCUGCCUCUGGGGAGCGGAGGCAGUCUGGGAAAUUCCGAGACGCUGAGGAAAGCAGCCUUCCAACGGCAAAGAGGCAGAAAAUCGUUCCAGGCUCGUCGAUCCCAAGUGUCUGCAGGAUUCCCCUGAAGCCCACAGCAUCUGCUUCUGCCCCAAGAGGACUGCUGAGGCCAUCUGUGAGACAGUCUGGGAAAUAUCAAAGACUGCAGCAGAGCAGCCUGGUGACUCCCAAGAGGCAGAUAAGAGGCCCUACCCCACCACCGGGCAGUGCCAAACCAAGAGCGACUCCCCUGAAACAAACUGUGGGUCCUUUCACCUCUGCCAACUUCACAUUUGAACCCAAGCAGCAAUCUGUGAGCCCACCCAAACAAACUGAGGUUACUGUCCUGUCCGCCAACCUCACAUUCGAACCCGAGCAGCCAGACUCCAGUCCAGCAAAACAAACUCCGGGUCCUGCUCCAUCAACCAAACUCACAUGUGAACCAGAGCAGCCAGCCGUGAGCCCACCUGAACAAACCGAAGGUCCUGCUUCUCAAGUGGACCUUGCAUCUGAACCGGAGCAGCCAGCUGCAAGCCCACUGAAGCAAGCUGAGGGUGCUGCCACACCUUCCAGCCUGCCAGGAGCCGAGGGUAAGACCUGUACUGUACCGAACAGUCUGCCAGGAGCAGAGGAGCCUGCCCCACCUCUGGACCCCGCCCCAGAACACGAGCCCCCCACCACUAGUAGUCCAGAACAAUCAGAGGGGUCUGUUCCCUCUUCUGCCAAUAUCACAUUUGAACCCGAGCAGCCUGCUGUUAGCCCACUAAAGCAAACCGAGGUGCAAUCCAACUGCCCCAAACCUGAACCCUGCCAGCCAGCGGCCAGCCCCCUUAAAGAAAAUCAAGGCUACAGAGAGUGUGAGCAGUGUGCGUGGUACCAGCACGAGAAUCAGACACUGACUGAAACUAUCCGGGCUCUCCGGGAGAGACUGGCCAAAGAGACUCAUGACUGCUAACCCGGGUGGAUGGAGGAGAUCCCAUACAAAAAGCAGAUGUAUGCAAUAUGCUCUGAAAUCCAAAUAUUGUUUUUUAAAGACACUUUUUUGAAAUCUAAGCUCAAUGAGAUAUUAAAAAAAACAAACGUAACAUAUAUCAUGCAUGAAUAAUUUUCUAUUCUUGCUGUAUCUGGAAUGUGAUAAUUGUGCUCUGUUUUUAGCUCUUGUUAUUCAUACGAGAUGGCCAUCGGUUGUCUUAUGUAAUUAAAUGUGUUUUGUAAAUAAAUAUUUGCACCAUAAAUAUGCGCAGUGGUUUUGUUGUGCGCACCAGACAGGUGUGGAUUUGGACCCAUCAUAAAUAAAAUGCAGUCCCUGCAAUGUAAUAUUGUACAGGACCAGAAAUGA